GUGCGAGUGUGUCAGUCGAUGGACGUCAGUGUUGCAGAAGCAUUUUAACGCGAACAAGAGGAAUUUUUAUUUUAUUGUGAAAUUUCUCCAAUUUUACACGAAUUUUGUGCAUUGAUACAGCAGAGAUUGUACCCAGGAUAGCACCAGCAUCAUGUGUGGGGGAUUCACGUGCUCCAAAAACAGCCUGAUUGCCCUCAAUGUGCUCUACAUUGUGGUGGGUAUCUUGCUGAUUAGCGUCGGUGUGUACGGCCGUGCAGCGUCCAUUGUCACAAAUCUUCCCAUUGUCGGUGGGAUUCUUGCCUGUGGAAUAAUCCUGCUGCUAAUCUCAAUACUCGGCCUCGUGGGAACGGUGAAGCACAACCAAGUGAUGCUCUUCUUUUACAUGAUUAUUCUAUUCCUGCUGUUCCUCGUUCAAUUCUCCAUUGCUUGCUCGUGCCUCGCAGUUAAUUCCACGCAGCAGAAGCAAUUGGCAGAGCAGGGAUGGAGCCGGGUGACGGAUUCCAUAAAGGAGGAAGUUCAGGAGACAUUCCUCUGCUGUGGAUUUAAUUCAACAGCAACAUCUGAUCAUCCUGCAUGUGAUAAAAUUACGCCAACUUGUUGCCCAGUCCCGGCCCCCGCUGAUUGUUCCUGCCCACCGUGUCUCUUUAAACUCGAGGAAACCAUUAAUAGUGCAUUUAAAACGUGCGGAGAACUUGGACUUGUCUUCAGUUUCACAGAGGUGCUGGCAGUGUUCUUAACAUGGCGCUACCGGAAUCAACACAAUCCGGAUGAUCUACCAGCAAGAGCUGUUUUUCCGCAACGCAACUAUCAAUAUUAGUUUCUUUUAAGCACACAUAAAAAUAGGCAAAAAAAAGACUUCAAUGGGUAAAAGGAGUUUUAGGAUAAAAGAAAAAAAAUAGUUUUAAAGAUUUAUCUCCGAAACUCUUCUAGUCGCAAUGAAAUUAUAUACAUAAAAUACGGUCACAUCAAUGUUUUUUUUUAAAGUCAAACACAUCCCAUUGAAGGUUCAUGAGGAAGAGAAAAUAGAGAGAAAAAAUCACCGACUGAUAACGAAAUGUUGAUUUGCGUUGCUCUUGAAAAUCAUAUCUCCUUCACGUACACACACUCACUAUACAAUAGUAAGAAUAGAUUUUAAAAAGAAAUGGGAUUUUUAUUGUAAAGUUUUUAUUUAAAUGUAAAAAAUUUCCUAAUUCUGCAUUUUUUUUAGAAUUUCUUUUUUAUAAAUUCAGUUUUCAGCAGAAAAAAGCAUAAUUUUUUGAAUGAAGUUAACGCCAAAGAUUUGAAAAAAGAAUCUAUAAAAGAAUAAAGAAAAUUUAUGAAUGAAGACUGAAGGGAAAUAUCUGUAAAUUCUUUUUGUUGCUCAACCUUUCAUUCUGGACAAUCAGCUUAUAGAAUUUUUGUUGCUUAUUUGGAUAAAUUGGAUAUUCUUGAAAUCCUUAUUUUGGAUGGGUGCGGAAUUUUAUUUUCACAAGGAGUUUAGUAAAGAAAAUCAUAAGAAUGAGAUAAAAGUUGGUCAAGAAAAUAAAUAAAAAAAGAGACGUUAAAGCGAUAAAAAAAAUUCUUUAAGAGAGUCGGAAGAACGUAAAAAGAGCAAUAAACUCAUAAAAUUAAGAACAGAAUGGCUAAAUAAGAUACAAAAGUCUUAAACCGUCUAAAGAUGAAAGUUUGUCUUAAUCAAGUUUAUUAGUUUCAAAAACUAUUAAACAACCAACGUAUUUUAAUUAUUUUACUCAAAAAAAGACGAUCAAAAAAUUUAAAUAUUAUGGGGCUUAGACUAUUUGGUUUAGGUAACCAAAUUGGGUUAGAAAGGAGUUUUCAUUUUCUUCUUUGACAUGUUUACUUGGACGUUCUUAAAAGGAACCAACAAAAUUAAAAUAUUAUUCUUCUUAUUCCUUUUAAAUUAAAUUCGUAACAUAAAAGAAAUUCAAAAUUUAAUGAAAUUUCUUUGAAAAAUAAGUUUCUGAGUUAACUAUAGUUCAAGUCUCAAGCUAAUUUGUUUAAGAAAGAACUAAGUUACCCUUAUUGUUUUAAUUAAAGACUUAAAUUUAUUUUAACAGUGUAGUACCGCUGGUACUAACUGUCAUGGUAUAGAACAGAUUGGCUUAUGAGUGUGGGGUUGGCGGGAGUCUUAAGGUGACUCUCUCUCCCAACCACCCUAGUACGGUUGGCUCAGUUGCUCGUGGGCCAUGGAGUCGUACGGACGGACUCACCCCCAUAAGUCUGAAUCGUAGUACCUGGCUAUGACAAUUGGUAUCUCAUUGUCAGGUAUUUUACAAUUCAGAAGUGGGAUCAGCCCAAAUAACGUUCGCGGAAGUGGAACGCGUGAAAAAGUAAGUGAUUUGCGCAAGAAUCACGAGUGAAAAUUUCAUGGCGUCAUUUUGACGUCACGUGGUGAAAUUCGCGGAAAAAGUCCACCGUUUUGGGACUUCGCGGCGUAAAAAUCGCGUUGUAGCACCCGUGAGUGCUAAAUAAUAGUUCCCUGUCGUGAAAAAUUAGUAAAAUGCGGGGAAAACACGCCGAAAAAUCCGUGAAAGUUUCGAGGAAAAAGUGACAUUUCGGCAUUUUCGACGUUUGAUAGUCGCGGAAUUCAUGCGAAAAAAGUCCUUCGUGGGGCUUUUCCGGGGCAUGGGGACGUUGUGUCGUGGUUUCCUUCGAUGCGAAAAACGUUUUCGCAGAGGAAAGUGUCGCGAAUUUAAAGAAAAUGCGUCAUUUGAGGACGUUUGAGACGCAAAAAAAGUGUCGCGUGUGCGGUUCAUGAGAGGGAGCAGGCGCAUAAGAAUGUGUGUGUGCGGCAGCGACGGAGAUCAACUCAGCAUGAUCGUCACGGAGAGCGAGAGCGCGCACACACACACACACACACCAACGAAGCUCUCGGCGAUGCAGCGAGUCUCGCACGCCGAGGACGAUGCGGCAUGUGUGUCGCGGAGAGUGGUGAGAGCUCCAAGGCGUACAUCGUGAAUCAUGACGCAGAGACACACACACACACAUCAGCGAAGUCAACAUCAUGCAGCGGCCUGACACGCUGAAGAUGCGGUGAAAAGGAGCGUAUGCAGUAAUGCAUGCGGAGUAUAGGAAGGAAAAUCGCAAGUAUUUUCUUUUAGAUUGGAGAGUGGUAUUCUCCAAAUUGGUUGUCCUGAUAUUAUUGAAUUUUAUUUCAAUGUUUAACCCUGAAAAGCGCUUUUCAACCCCCUGAUAUUCUCUUAAUGAUGAAAAUUAUGUUAUGAAUUGUGUAACAUGUUAAAUUUAAGAGAAUGAUACCUGUAAGAUUUCCUUACAGGAUUUAGGGAAUAAAAUAUGAAAAUUAUUCCUUGUUUAAUUUGUUUGGUAUGAGACUGAGUGGAGAAAUCAUCUUUCAGAUGAAACCACAGUCUCGAGUGGCAUAGACAUUAUGUAGGAAAAGGUUGAAAUUUUCAUGGAAAUUUCAUGAAAUUUGAAAUGAUGAAAAAAAAAAAAAGGAUUUUGAUGAAAAUUUCAAGGGCUUAAAUUCUUAGGCAACUUAACAUAAAUUGCAAUUUUCUUUCAGCAAAAAAAAGAUGAAAUAAAAAGAGAAACUUGUUGUUUUAUUUCUGCGGUGUAAAAUGUAUUGUUUUACAUGUUGGGGCUGAAAGAUUGCAUAAGAAUUGGAAAUUAAAUUUCAUUAUGGUUGAAAAUUUCAUAAGGAAUUUAAAAAUUUCACUGAAUCUGAAAAAAAAGUAAAUAAAUUCGGAUUUCACAUUAUUGAAAGUUUAAUUAAUUUGAUGAAUAUUUGAAGUAUUAGUAAAUCAAGGAAAAGUUCCUUGUGGCCUUACAAUAAGGAAUAAUAAAAAUUAUUAGAAAUUUCAUUAAGAGUGCUGAAAUUUUCUGAAAUGAAUUUGAGAAGAAUUUUCCAAGAAAAUGAAAAUGGAUUGAAAUUUUCCAAAUUGGAAAAUAUAUUGAAAUUUUCUUGAAAUUGAAUGUAAUGAUAUUUCAGAAAAUUAGAAAUGAAGAAAAUUUUAUGAAAAUGAAAAUUUAAUAAAAUUUUAUGAAAAUGAAAAUUUAAUAAAAUUUUAUGAAAAUGAAAAUUUAAUAAAAUUUUAUGAAAAUGAAAAUUUAAUGAAAUUUUAAAGUAAUUAAAAAAAAAAUUAAUGAAAAAUUCUAAAGUUAAAGGCAGUGAAAAAAAAGUGAAUGAUAAAGAAUUUCCUGGAAAUUUAAAUUCAAGACAAUUGAAAUUUUUAAAAGAAUAUGGAUGAAUAAAAGAUUUGUAGCCCAAUUCUUAUGCAUCAUGAAGAUUAAGGAAAAAUCGGUUAUUAUUUUCGGGAAGUAUGUCCGCUUAGAAAAAGUUUUGAAAAUUCCCGAAUUAAAAAAAGUGUCAUUUUGAAUGUUGUUGCAAUGUCAGUUUACUAUUUUCUAUAUUUUCACGAAUGUUCAGUGAAAGUAUGAAAAGUGAAAAAUGGUGAUGAUGUUGUGACAAGAAAAUACUGCAAGGUGAAGGAUUUAAGUGAAACCUUCAGCAGCAGUAGUGGUCACAUGGAAUCCAUAUUGAAUAUGGUCAUCACGGUGCAACCGACAAGAGAAAUUGAAACGCAAUCACGAGAAAGGAUUGUUUGGAGAAGGGAAGUCAAAAUUGCGGACAGAUCUCAAAUAAUCGUCAAGAGACCAGUUGGAUUCUUCUUGAAAAAAAAGGGGGAAGAGUUGAGGAAUUUGGUCGUUAGGAAUGAGACAAUAGGGCAUUUCAGGAGUUGUGCAGAGAGAGUGCCACGGAUCUUGGCACAGCCAAGGAUGGUCUCAAGAAAACUUGAAAAAUGAAUAAGGAAUCAAAUGCAGCAGCAAUUGGAGUAGUGAGGAUAUGAGAAUUCAAGCGGAAGAUGACUCAUACAGCGAAGUUUGAAGAAACUACCCAGAGCUGUUGCCUUGGAUGUUGAGAGGUGAAGACUACUCCUAGUCGGCUGAGAGUAUAACUCUUGAUGACGUCUGAAGCGGAAUAGGUUGGACGUAAGAGAACAACGAGCUUUUCAAAAGAAUGAAAAAAAAAUCAGUUCUCUGAUUCCGCGUUUUCCAGGAGUCUGUAAGACAAUAUUCCGAAGGUAUUUCUUGGGGACGUGAUGGUCAAAGUUAUGCUCGCUCAGUGAGAGAGCAUAUGGAGGGACCAUUUGGGAAAAUCCUUUUAAGGAUCAAUGGAGAACGAUUGUAGUAGAACAUUGGUUGAAGGGUUGAACCUUGAGAGCUGCUGAGUAUCCACUGAAACAACGAUGAGAAAUACCGAGGUGAAGAAGUCUUCUGUCAUGAGGAUAGGCUCCUGGAAGGAAAUUCAGGACAGUCUAAGGCUGUUAUGUGAAAAGUUGUUGACGAAUAAGGAUUCCAGAAUCUUCAUGGUUCCUCAUUAAGGAUUAACGUCUCGGGUCAGGAUGAUUGAACAAACCGAAGGAAAGUGAAGAUAUUCCAGAGAUUCUAUAAAGCGAUGAGAAUCGGAUGGUUUGUUGACAGUGUAGUCCGAGACAAAGGAAACAUGCCAGAGGUCGAAGAAUCAAGGAGGAAGAAAUCAAGAUUAUCGCUGUCCAAGUAAUACACUGCAAUAAAUUGGAGGGAGAGAUACGAUGCUGUCCUUAACCAUGGUGAUUGUUUACUAUGAAGAGUAUUGUUGUGAGCCAAGGUUGCGACCUAUUGUAAAUUAGGAAUUGGGUUGUAAAGUUGCGGAUUUAGCAAUGGAACAAUGAUGAUUGUUAUCCGCGAAAGGCUCAAAGGAAUCAAGGCAACACAGACAACGUAAAUCUUCUGAUUAAAUGGAGUCCUGCAAGACAACCUUCCGGAAGUAUUUCUUGACGGUGGAGUUAGGCAAAUGAGCGAGGUUGUAUUGGUCAAGAAAUGUGAUCUCUGAAAACAUGGAGGGACCAUUGGAAAUCUCUUGUAGAAUAAUAAUGAAGAAUAGCUACAGAGGCAAGUGAAUCUUCUGUCAAGAGAAUUCCAGAAAAGGGUAUUCGCAUAGUAUAAGCCUACACCGUGGAAGGAUGUUUUAUAAGACACUGACGAAGAAGGAUCGGGAGAUCUUAGUAAUUCUUCGGUAAGGAUUCCUACAUCUCAAGUGACAACAUACCAUAAAAAAGGAGGGAAAUGCUAAGGACUCCUUGAAGUAAUGAGAAUGAACAGGGUUGGUUGUUAAUUCAAGGUUGAGGUGGCAUGAACCUUCAGUUAGUUAGAGGAGGAAUCAAUGAGGAAGGGAAGUUCAGUGACUGCGUAAUGGUGCCGUAGAUGCCUAGUAUAAUAAGGGGCAAACAGCACAUAGGACCAAAAGUGUUAUCCAGUUGGAAGGAUGAAGUGAAUGGUGGAAGUUGUAAUCCAUGAAGGGCUCAAGAAGGAAGUUAUGGCUAACAACUCCCAAAACUGGAUAUAUACAGAAGCAGUAUGAGUAGCUUCUGGUAGGAAGUUCAGUAGAAUUGGAUAUCGAAGUGUACAAGUUCAUGAUGGAACAUCUGAGCAAGGCUGCAGAACUGAAAGAGGAAGUUCUUGAAGGCAGAAAGUACACUUAUGGAUGCCACGAUCCUUCUGAAAAGGUAGAUGAAGGAUGUGUCCGAAACGGAGUGUAGCGGCAAGAAUCAAUUAUGCCUGUCUGAUGGAAGAUUCACUUAAUAAUAGUGCCACGGCACGUAAGAAUCUAGGUAUGGGAGGAAUCUUGAGAAGUUCUGCAAAGAUGCACUGGCAUUUCAGAAUAAAAAGUAACGCAGACAGGAAGUCGUCGGGAAGGUCCAAAAGGAAGCAGAAAUCCACUCCGGGAUAAAUCAGAGAAUCUGGGCAGCUGUGAUUAAACAAUGGCAAAUAGAAGUGCGGAAAGUUGGCCAGAUUCAGCAGUCUUCAGAGUGAUAAGCUGGAAUCCCCGGAUACGCCUACAGAAAUCAGCGGUUCCACAAGGUCGAGGUAUGCCGAGAGGCAUAAGGAAUUAUAGCGUGGCAAGGUGGCAAAAGCUGACAAGAGGUGUAAUGUGAUGAGCGAUAAUCCUCCGCGAGUAGAUAGAUGUUACUGAAGCACUAGAUACCUGAGAAGAAGGAAGUCUUCUGCUUUUAUUGUUUUUGUGUACAAUAGGGUAUCGAAAGAAAAGAGAGUGAUGUGCUUGUGUACAUGGAGGAGUGGCUUCACUGUGAAGUAUAAAAUCAAUGCUUGAAAUGUGAGUGAAACUGAUAAGUGGCUUUGGGCCAUAAGUAUAGAUUCUCUUCUGAGUAAUGCUUCAUAGCAUUUGAGGAUACCUGGACAAAAAGAAGUUCUCUGGAACUAUAGUUUCACAUAGUGAGGUAUCAGGAGAAGAGAAGUGUGCCUAUGCACAUGGAAGAGCCAUUCACUCUGUUUAUGUGAUCAGUAGAAAUACUGUGAUAAACUGGCUCUUCAAGUAUCCAUAGAACCAUUAUGAUGAGGCAAGGUACCAACGUGAUGUCUCAAUAGAUAUGGUAGAAUGGAUGAAUAGGAAUGUAGGUCUGGGCGAUCAAUGGACGCAUUGUAAGCUAGACAAGACAUUCAGGUCAUGUAUCUAUGCAACCAGUUAAUACUAAAGACAACAUUCAUGAGUCUUCGUUGAUCGGAUGAUAUUGAGAGAUGUAUAUCCUUGGAUAUGUGUAUAAUCAAUUGGUCAUUCCGUGAUGUAGACAAAAUCAUGAGUCUGUGAGUACAUGAUACUGGUGUAGAUAAAGCAUGACGAAUAGGUUUUCGCGGAGAGGCAUCAUGCUUGCAUGGUGGGCCUGUUACGUUGAAAACCUGAAAUGUCGUAUUGAUUAACAUCAAUCCAAGGUUAAGGUCCAAGGUUCUUGAUAGUUAGUCAUACGGCGAAUGGUUUCUCGGAGACACUAGUCUCUAUGGAACGAGCUUAUGGUUCCUGGAACUGUAUAAGCUAAGUCUAGACAUAUGUUCCAUGAGAAACAAGUAACAUGGCGAAUGCUGUGUUGAGAGAACCUUCUGUAGGUUCAUGGGUGUGAUGAUUUUGUGUCACGUGCACUGGCGUACUAAAUCAAACAGAACCCUUGUGUACUUGGGCUACCAGGUACGGUUCCAUUAGGAACAAUUUGAUAUGAUCUUUAGUUUGUGAAUAGAGUUGUUGUCUAAUACAGACUGGUACUCUAUACACAGGACCGCAGUUGUUAUCGCAUUCAUUGCGAAGUAUACUGGUCGAAGAUCACGGGAAAAUUCGGUCAAUCUGUCUUGCUUUUCCUAGCUUGUGCCGAGGACGUCACAAAAGUCAGGAAUGGCCGAAUGUAGUACCGCUGGUACUAACUGUCAUGGUAUAGAACAGAUUGGCUUAUGAGUGUGGGGUUGGCGGGAGUCUUAAGGUGACUCUCUCUCCCAACCACCCUAGUACGGUUGGCUCAGUUGCUCGUGGGCCAUGGAGUCGUACGGACGGACUCACCCCCAUAAGUCUGAAUCGUAGUACCUGGCUAUGACAAUUGGUAUCUCAUUGUCAGGUAUUUUACAACAGAUCCUAAUUAAAUGAUUAAAAGAAAUCGAUCUUAAAACAAUAAUUAAAUUCCAGAUUUGUCAGGCAUUUAAUUUUAUUUGAGCUUAGAGAAAUAAAUAUUAAUUUUUCAAGAAAAGCUUCUUUUUCAAAAAACGAUUAAGGAAAACUCUCAGAUAGAUCAGUUACUAAAACCUCUAAUGGCAGCUUCCUUUAAGUUUUGAUUUAAAAAAUUUUAAAGGAACCGAUUUAGUUUCUUCUCCAAAUUCAGUGUUAGUUGGGUUAGUUAAAAUUGGUGAAAAAUUUUAUCAAUGUGACGAAAGUCAAUUAAAAUAAAAAAAAAAAAACAAUUCUUCAAGAAAAAAUAUUAUUUCAAAAGAAAUCUAAUUUGAGGAUUCAGCUUAAUUUUCUUCACAUAAAGAUUUUUUUUUUGAAAUUAGAUUAAUUCCUAUUAUAAAAUCUCUGCGAUACUAUUUCUCGCACCCAUCUGCAUUAUGUGUUUUUGCAGCAAAAGACAUUUUCUGUGUUAAUUGAUACCUUUGUGUUUGUUUACGUAGAAGUUUAGAAUUAAGCAAAUCAAUAUUAUAUAAAUUUUAAAGAGUGAUUUGCAAUGUAGAAGUUCUCGUAGAAUUUUACUUAUAGAAAUGAUAUUUUAAUUAUAUUAUACAACACCUUUACUAUAUAUAAUUACCUAUCUUUAAUUAUGUCCCAAAGUAUAUUUUUGUAUAAAUAAUAUAUAUGGUAACAAAGCUUCUCCUGUAUUUUUGUCAAUGAAUAAAAGCGCUGAUCAUUUUUUUGGUGUAAUGCUUGUGAAA